AAACAACAUCAGCAGAAGCACCAGCUACAACGGGAUCAAACUAACGAUGAUGGCGAAACAAAUGAUGCGCCCGGCUCAUGGAAUCACACCGAUACGCAUGGUAGCGUCGGUGUGCUGACACUGCCUGCAGCAGCGCUAUCUCUGUCCGCAACAUCCGUAGGCAGCACACCGCCGAGCAGCGCUGAAGCGACAAAUAUCAACAAUUUCGCUUAUUACACGGGCGCCGCUGAAACGGUGGCAGCAACGGCUGUCACAGCUGCAACGCACCGACAUGCUGACGCAGCAACGCCACCACUACCACCCCCAUCACAAUCGUUGCCGCCAUCAUCAGCUGUGGCGGCCUCAUCAGCAACAGCGCAUUAUCCACCAUCACACCAGCAGAUGCAGCUACAGCUACAACAACAAUACGAGCAGCGUUAUCAACUGCAAACAGCCUAUUAUCACCAGCAACAGCAGGCGCCGCCGUCGCAAUCGCAGCAAGAAGACCAAUCAGCAACGUACGUGACGUCACAACAGCCGUCUAAACAAUACCAACAUGCGGCGGCCACAACAACAACAGUUAAUCAACAUGCUGCGCGCUGCAACAGACAAGCAACGCAGUCGACAGCCACACACCACACAACGAACACAUCACAAGCAGCAACAACAACACAGCAGCAGCAACCUGCAGCAAUGGCGCACGCGUUGACACAAACCACACAGCAACAACAACAACCGUGUCAACGGACAUCAGCAGUCACUCAAAGCACUGACCAACGACCGGAUAAUAAUUUCCAUACGAGUCAAAAGGUUGACUUGUUGAUUGGAGCGGAUCUUUACCCUAAAAUCAUUCUAAAUGGGGUAAAAUUGAAAAUCUCUGGAUCCUUCGUAGCACAACGUACAGUGUUCGGUUGGAUUAUAACAGGUUCUGUUCCCUCCGAAGAAACCAAGAAACAACAUCAGCAGAAGCACCAGCUACAACGGGAUCAAACUAACGAUGAUGGCGAAACAAAUGAUGUGCCCGGCUCAUCGAAUCACACCGAUACGCAUGGUAGCGUCGGUGUGCUGACACUGCCUGCAGCAGCGCUAUCUCUGUCCGCAACAUCCGUAGGCAGCACACCGCCGAGCAGCGCUGAAGCGACAAAAAUCAACAAUUUCGCUUAUUACACGGGCGCCGCUGAAACGGUGGCAGCAACGGCUGUCACAGCUGCAACGCACCGACAUGCUGACGCAGCAACGCCACCACUACCACCCCCAUCACAAUCGUUGCCGCCAUCAUCAGCUGUGGCGGCCUCAUCAGCAACAGCGCAUUAUCCACCAUCACACCAGCAGAUGCAGCUACAGCUACAACAACAAUACGAGCAGCGUUAUCAACUGCAAACAGCCUAUUAUCACCAGCAACAGCAGGCGCCGCCGUCGCAAUCGCAGCAAGAAGACCAAUCAGCAACGUACGUGACGUCACAACAGCCGUCUACACAAUACCAACAUGCGGCGGCCACAACAACAACAGUAAAUCAACAUGCUGCGCGCUGCAGUCGACAGCCACACACCACACAACGAACACAUCACACGCAGCAACAACAACACAGCAGCAGCAACCUGCAGAAAUGGCGCACGCGUUGA